GAGUGCCUUGGACUCCUGCGCAGAGCGACAGCGGCAACUGGAGCGGAGCCUGCGUGUCUCCAAGCGCCUACUGCGGCCCUGGGAACCAGCUGGGACGGUGGCUCCGGAACCACCUCCUGCAGCAAAUGAAGAGGAUUCUUUCCCAGCAUGUGCAUCCAGCCCCCAAGACCUCAAGGAGUUGGAGCUUCUGACCCAGGCACUGGAGAAGGCUGCACGGGUACGGAAAGGCGUUUCUAAGGCUGGAGAAAGAGAUGCAGCUCCCAGCCUGAGACGUGGGUCCAACACAGCCUCGGCCCCACUCCGGGCCCCCGGCCACACUGGCAGCCGUGUGUCAGAGCCAAGACCCACCGAUGGCAUUCACCAGACCACGCUACCUGCCAAGGUCUGCCCUGAACACAAACUUCUGUCAGCGGGGAAGAGGACUCACGCGGGGAUAGGAGCUCAAGCUCCUGGGCCAGGCCUCAGGAACCAACAGGUGGCCUCAUCAGCUGCUGCUCAGGUCCCAGAAACCUUCACACUCCAGGAAAAGGGGUCCAUGUUGCAGCUGCCUGUGGCCUUCAGCAAGGCGGCUUCCCGGAACUCUCGCCUGUGGGCUCAGCUUGACUCUGCACAGACCAGUGACUGCACGGAUGCUGCAGCUGCUAGGACCCAGUUCCUGCAGAAAAUGCAGACAGCUCCUGGCCAGCCCAGCGCAGGGCUCAGUGCCACGGAGGUGCAGGAGGAGACACAGCGCCUGCGGAGGGCCUGCUCACGGCUGAGGCUGCACAUGCUAGAGGAGCUCUCGGCAGCCCCCGCUGACUGGAUGCAGGAGUACCGCUGCCUGCUCACCUUGGAGGGGCUGCAGGCCCUCGCUGGGCGCUGUCUCCACCAGCUGCAGGAACUGCGUGCAGCCACGGAGGGACAGCCGUGUCCUGUGGAGAGGCCCCCUCGAGCCCCAUUGCCCUGUGAAGGCAGAGUGGACCCCUCCUGGAGGCCCUGGCUGCUCCUCUACUCCAGCACCCAGGAGCUUCAGACCCUGGCGGCCCUCAGGCUGCGGGUGGCCAUGCUAGGCCAGCAACUCCACCUGGAAAAGGUGCUGAUGGCCGAACUCCUGCCUCUGGUGUGCACCCUGGAGCCGCGGGGGCCACCCUGGCUGGCACUGUGCCGGGCCGUGCACAGCCUGCUCUGCGAGGGAGGCGAGCGUUUCCUCACCAUCCUACGAGAGGACCCUGCCUGCGACUGAGCCUUCCCAGGCGCGGGACUCGAGCCUUUCAGGCAGCAGGUUCCCCUCCCUGGUCAGCUAGGUGACCCCCAGAUCAGGGGGUCAGGGGCCUAUUGAUGCCUGUACCUCCCUGGCGAUCCUGGUUUUCUGAGGCGGGGCGGGGCCAGGCUAACCCUGCUGCCCAGGCCUUCGGCCUUCCUGAGGCUCCAGGAGCCUGGAGGCCUGUGGGGAGGCUCCUGCUCUGUCGGAGACAGGCAGGGUCAUGACAGCCUAGUCAGAUCACACGUACACGCGCGGGCACAUGCUUAAGCACAGUAAAGAAACCAAGGGGCCAAGCUAUUAGGACCUCUUUAGAAAGUUUAUAUGCAAAUCAAGCGGGACUUGCUGGAGGGGAGGGUUAAUUGGUGUUUCCGGUGGUUUUGUGGUUUUAUCAAGAAGAUCUCAAGUGCAUUUGUCAGGAAUGUGUGAGGAAUGGGACAAGGCCACUCCUGGACAUUUGCCCUGGCACACCUGAGGACGUCCCCCCAUGCCUGGAUGUGCUCUGCUCACAGCAGGGGUGGGGGCAGCCGAAGCCACCAGCCUACAGCAGAAGUGGGUGGGGUCCUGUCUUGCCACAGCCACUGGCCUGGUGCCCAGCACCUCCUCCUGGAAGCUGUGAAGGGCCCCCUCUUCAGCCAGCCUCCAGGCCUCCCCAUCCCCUGAUGAGAGGAGUGGUCCCAGGAAGGCAGGGAAGGGCAGAGGUUAGGGUCAUGGCCCCUGCAGUCAGACUUGGAUGUACACCCUGGUGGGGACUUGCAGCAGGACUCUGCACUGUCCACCCUCAUUACUGUCUUGUCCCCGCUGUGGCUUGGGGGGAGUCACCCAUGGAGCUGGUGUGAAGGUUAGUGAGACACCAUCGGAGACCACGUGCGUGGCGUGGCGUGGCGUGGCGUGGCGGCGGCGGGGGGUGCCCUGUGAACAGCUCUGUGCCCUCACACUGGGCCGGGACAGCACUUCUGACCGAGAAGCCAGCCUUGGCCCGGAGGGCUCCCGGGGAGGCAGAAACACGCUCUAACACGGAGUCUGGGAAGCCAGGGUCCCUGCCCAGGGAAGUGGAGCUGGGCACUGUCCCACCUGCAGGCUGGGAGGUGACCGAGGGGAGCCACCCUGCCUGUCCUGGAGUCAGGGGCCACACCCUUCUUGACUACUCUGCUGCCCCCAGGGCUUUUGCACAGGAGCUGGGGGGGGGGCG